CCCUUUCUCAUCCCCAUCGCGUGCCUUUUGUGGUGCUGGGAGCAGUCGUUCCACCAACCAUAUCGUGCCCACGGUUCCAACAAGAGAUGUAAUAUGUGGUCGGAGCGGAAUAGGGCAACCCGGGGGAUGGUUAGAGUUUCCCUGUUUAUUAAUCAGAAAUGGUAUUGUCUCAGUCACUGAGUAGCUAGGACUCAGACUCCCAAAGUGGCUGGAAGAUGGAGCGUCGUGCGGGACGUACCAUGUGGAAGGGGGGAAGUAGGCGGGCAAUAGACGUUACGGGCUUAAGAUUAAUGUUUUAGAAACUCAUUCCGGGGAGACUUACAACAGUUUGACAAAUAAGAAGCUUUCUGGGAAAGCUGGAUUCAGAAAAGGAAAUAAUCUGUCUCCUCCAUGAUUACCCCCAAAUUGUAUAGGAGAGAGUUGGGUCUCCGUGGCUGCUACUGAUUGGUCGAGGUAGAGUUACGAGGACCAAUAAGAAAAAUAAAGGAAAUUUACUGGCUUAUAGGACGAGAAAACAGGGAACAAAGAGAAUCCCAGGAUACCUGAUGCUUGGGGAGUGAAGCUGAGAAUGGCAGAAAAGGAGUCAGAAGAGGGCACUCACCCCCACCCCACCCCACCCGUCCCCACCCCCUAUGAGAUGAGUGAAGCCCAAGACCCUGCCCAUGUGGUUGCCACCCAGGUGAAGCUGUGGGGCUGGAGCCAUGGAGAUGGGGGCAGUGGGGCUCUCUAUUCCCGCCAGCACCAGGAGCUUCAGGCCUUUCUCCACCUUCUGGAGCACAGUUUCCUUCAGGAAUUCCUCUCCAGAGAUCCCUGUUUCCAGAUUUCAGAUAAGUACCUCCUGGCCAUGGUGCUAGUCUACUUCCGGCGUGCCAACCUGAAGCUCAGCGAGUACACCUGCAGCAACCUGUUCUUGGCACUGUUCCUUGCAAAUGACAUGGAGGAGGACCUGGAGGAUGCCAAAUGUGUGAUUUUUCUAUGGGCCCUGGGCAAAAACUGGCAUAGUCAGGUGGCAGACUUCCUGCAUCAGAGGGACAAGCUGUGGGCAAGGAUGGGCUUCCGGGCUGUUGUGAGCCGCCAGUGCUGUGAGGAGGUCAUGGCCAAGGAGCCGUACCACUGGGCCUGGACUCGGGAGCGGCGCCCCCACCACGGCGGGGCUCAGAGGAGCUGCCCAAAGGUUCCCCUCCCGCGGGGCCCCGGCCUCUCGCCACCCUACUGUUCCCUCUGUGGUGUGCCCUCACUCUGUGGCCAGUGCUGCCACCAGUCCCGCCCCCUGCCUGUCUUACCCACGUGUCCUUCCCCCAACCCUGAGUGGUACCGCCCUCCUUCCCAUGCUUGUCUCUCAGUGGCUGAAGACCCCUGGGGUGCGGGCUUCCUCAUGAUCCUGCCCCCCCAGCUGCAUCUGGAGCCAGGUACCUACACCCUCCACAGUGAGUUGGGGACAGGAGAUGGAGGGGCGUGGGUUUGGGAGCCUGGGAAGCAGGUGUGGGGCCUGAGAGAACAAGAGGAAGGAACACCAGCGCUUCAGGACACCUGGCCUGGGGACCAGCAGGUCUGGGCACGUGUCCCAGCUCUGCCACCUUCUGAGUCCCUCUUUGUCCUUCUCCCCCGGGUCCUCCCAAAGCCUUCAUCAGUGCCCUAGGCCCCGACACCCGCAGGGUGAAGAGCAUCCCCCGCCUGCCUGCCCACUGGAUGCUCUAUGGGCUGCGGUGCCCCGGCC